ACUGAGUAUAACGGUCCAUCAAAUUCAUAACCACAUUCAUCUGGUAAUUGAGCUAUUCCAACUGAGGUCCUCUCCUGACGCAAUCGUUCAACUUUUCUGUAACGAUAAGUGCAUUUGAGAAGCAAGGAAAUGUCGUCCUGUUUCUUGAAGGCCUUGGCCAAUGUCAAGAAGGGCACAAUCACGCAACAAGAGUACAUCAGUUGCCUGGUGUCACACUUUCGGGGGGUCCGCCAUUCAGAUGAUAGCGUUCCCAGUAUCCGAAAACCAUUGACAAGUUUCGAACCGUGGGCAGCCUCGCUUCGUGAGUUGGCCCUGGCCACCAAUUAUAAGCCGUUGGAAGAUACCUCUGAGUACGAACAGCUGUUUAUAACUUGUCUCGAAGGUCAACUUGAUGAAUUCAAGUCUGCUUUGCAAACCUUACGCAGUCGGUCCUCGCAACCCGAUCUGCUUCAACCUGCCGCCUGUCUUGCGGCGCAAAAACAACAUCUCGAAAUACUACGGUACUGCCUUGAAGAGGGUGCGUUGUUCGACGUAUAUUUGACUCGAGCGUCUCAAAUGGGUGCGCGCGGAAACACGACGAUUCUGGAGUUUCUGCUCGCAAAAAAUUGGGCAGAUAUUCAACGCUCACCGGAGGCUAUGGAGGAGCAGAUUAAGCACUUUGGAGAUGAUAGCAUGGAAGCGGAGUGGUUGAGGACGCAUGCCGGGAAAGGUGCAAUCGUAGAAAACCCACUCUCGCCGUCUAAGGCAAAGGCAAAGGUGAACAAAAAUGGGAAGAGUCAGGGAAAAGGUAGUUCUAAGGGGAACGGAGAUCCGAAUCAAGGACAUACCCCCGAACAAAUUCAGAGAUGGUUCGGUGACGUGCCUUGGUGAGGGAGAAUGUGGCAAAUAGGAGUCUGACAAGUUCAUUUUGUAAGCGUAGAGUUUGGAGUUAUUGAUUGUGCCCUCCGCACGCUAGGAUCACUACCGUAUCAAUAUAUCUUGCACGUAUGCUUC